AUGAAUUUAGUACAUCCGUCAAUCAAGCCACUGGCAUAUGCUUUAAUCGAUCAAUCAUUCGCAGACAAAUGUUCGCAGAUAUGCAGUGGGUCUGCACUGUUAUUUGCUCUGUGUGGUACAAGCAAACUUUUCUUUUUUCAGAGGCCUGAGAUUAACGAGGAGCUUCUUAACAACGAUGAAGCGGUUACAGGUUCCCCUUUGCUAGCACUAAAACUACCGUGCAUGGCUGAUGCUGCCACCAUUGUUUGGCCCUAUUGCGUGCUCCUAAACGAGCGAACAGUCUCUAUUCUAUCAAUUAAUGUCAGUGACACAAACGUCACGUUGAAAAGCGUCUCUACUAUACGCCUCCACCAUUCAGCUGCGCACCUCGUGGGCCAGAAGCUUCCAGAAGGGUGCAUAUUUAUGGCGUACUCGUCCAUCGGUAUGUACACGAUCUUCAAAGGAGAUACUAUACUUGCACAUGCUUCUAUUCUCAACCCUAUUCUAGGUUGCUAUUUUUGGAACGAUCUUCUGGCUAUCAUUGGUCCAGCGGAGAUAAGACUCUACGGAAAGCUCACCGAUCUCUAUUCUGGAAACACCGAGGGAAAAUUAGAGUGCUUUGCGACUUACUCAUUCGCAACCAUUAUCCCCACACCUAUACGUUCUCCGAUAAACGUACAGUUUCAUCCAUCAAAUGAGUCCAAAGAAUUAUACGUGAUAAUAGGUAACAACUUGUUACUACUUGACGCUAACCAGUUGAGGGAAAUUUCUUAUGCCAAAGAACUUUUCCCUGAUGAGACCCCCCAGAUUCGCGGUCUUUCCUUCAUUCAGAGCUGGGCAGAACAGGACAUGCUCCUUGCCCACACCGAAGAUACAAUGAUUGUUUCUACUGUUACACACAUGCGUCCACUGCUAAAGCUUAGCGCUGAUGGUGACAUGUCAGUUACUUUCUCUGCAGCCGUUGCAGAUGAUCUUCUGCUCUGCAUUUCGCGGACAACAGGUGCCUUCUAUAUCCCCACCUUUCAGCCGCUACCGAAUAUUCUCUCAGAAAACAGCCUUAAGGAGCUGGAUUAUGUCUACACUGAUAACCUUAUUCUUUCAGACACUAUAUAUGGCACGUUUAUUACAGCUCCUGACCUGCCACUGCACUAUGUUUUAAUAACGGAAAAUGAAUCGGUUCUACUUUGUGAAACGCCCAAUGUCAACGCAGAAUUUCUCGGAUCCAUGGUUCUCCGUGAUACAGAAGGUGUCAGCGUCUUAUCUGCAGGACAGCUUGUUAUUUGUGAACGGAAUAUCUACUGCCGAGGCUAUUGGCAGUACCCUAUGCAGGAGCCCACCAGAGACACUGUUCAACAAGUCUAUGCACUCGAGGGCAAUCAUGCAGCACCGACCGACUACUACUUAUUUGUUACAAACAAUCAGCUCGUUGUCUACAGAAUCAUCUUUAUAGAAGUAGAUGAUGGAGGUGGCAAGCAACCAAGUCUCAAACUCAUCACACAAAUAGACAUCCCGCAUAGCUACGGUCAUGGCAUGGUUGUUCACAACAUGGUCAGCAAAAUAGUGUAUGAAGAGAUAGAUAUCAUCUCUAUAGCCCUGCAAUCAGACGAGAAGGGCCAGAUACUCGACUUCCCGUGCGCAUGGGACCCCGUCUCUGAAACGUAUAACUUUAUGGAGCCUAAUAGCCUGGACAACUUUCAAUUCCCCCGUAUACUGACAGAAAAAAGCAUGAAUAGGAUGCUCUAUGGCUUUCCGAACAACUCCGAUGUUGCGUUCUUUGUCUCUACGCUAAACGGAGAGGUCCUGUUUAGAUAUUCUAACCCCGACUCCAAGUCCUUCGACAGUAGAUGCGUAGCAGAGCACAUAGAUGUGAGUAAUAGCGGUGAAACAGAUAUCCUCAUCCAGCUUAAGGACAAGGCUGACAAGAUCCCCAUAUGCUGUCAGUUCUUCUGUGACAACCUUCUCUGCAUGAUGAAGCUGUCCCACACUCUCAUCGUGUUUGACUUCCAAACGUUUCAGCAGAAGGUCUAUGAGCUUCGGGAGAUUGUGUGCACAGUAACGGAUGCCAAGAUGGACAUCAAGUCGUUGGGUGUGCCAAAGGCAAUCAUGCAAACAAGCGAUCGUUUGGUAGUCUUUAUAGGCUCUAAUCUCUACUAUGUCAGCUGGUCAGAAACGGAUGGGUAUUACGAUCUAUACUACAUUUAUUCUCAACCAAUCCUAGGGAUACAUCGUAUCAACUCUGUGGCUACUCGGUUUGUUGCUCUAAGCUCCUUCAAUGAAAAGGUCUGCUUCUUCGAACUUUCGAUAGCUCAAUCCAGCAACGGUCUUUUCUUUGAGGACAAGUGGACAUUUGAAGGUCAUCAUCUAUUUAUCGAUGACAUCAACGAUCGCGUGCAAGACAUAGACAUCCAGAUGCAGACAGUUCAGGUCUUUCAAGCCGCCAACACGAUGCUGCUGUAUCUCCCCAAAAAACAACAGAUUCUAACCUACAGUGUCACCACAAAGGCUAGAGAGAUGGACCUAACAAGCCUGGAUGUCCCAGCUGAUGACGCAGGUGGGAAUCUUUGCAAUAUCCUCAUGAAGAGGCGAAAGUAUCGCAAAGUACAAAUUAAUCUGGAAGCAAUCAAUCACAUACACAAAUAUGAGCAUCAAUUUGUUCACCUACACUUCUUCAGUACACAAAACCCAAGGCUUAUGUCAACUAUUUUCAAGCACCUUGACCUGAACUUGCCUGAGAUAAUGAAGCUCCAUGACUCUAGCACCAACCAACGCGUUCAGACGGAACUUACUGUGUUGCAGGACGCGCUUUCGCGCGGAGAAGACCUCAGUCAGAAGAGUGCUAUCCUCUAUGGCGUCUUUGGGUAUUGUAGCAGGGCUCGACGGCUCUUUCUUCUGGCGCUUUUUCUAGAUUGCGUGGCAUGUCCCUUCUUGUUUUUAAAGGAUAAGAGCUUUGAAUACGCACGAGACUUGAGCAUGCAAGAUUGCAAAGGCUACAUGACUGCAAUUAAAAAGGAUCCCGCAUUCAUAUUUCUUCAGACCUCUGCUCGGAAUUGCUCUCCUGAGCUCAGCGAAAUCACUUCAGGACAAACAGAAGUACUUGACAGUUGUCAGAUUAACGACAAGGUUAUUGUUUUUACCUCUGCGGGGCACUGUUAUAUGUACGAGUUGAUUGAAAACCCCACCUUGAACAACCACGGGGGUGGCUCUAAGCAAGCACUUUCGCUCGUGACUGAUUUGAUAACCUUCCGCCUUAAUAGCCACGUAGAUGUUUGUGGAUUGGUGCGUACUUGCGCGACUGGAAACCCGUCAUUGGUUUGUGUUGGUAAGCCGGCCGUCGCCUUGCCAAAUGCAUCCACUGAUCCACUGAUCAAUUACAGCAUACACAGUCUCCAUCUUAUCUUACGCAUAGCAGAUGGCUACUAUCUCCUCAUUGUGGACUUUUAUGAUACAUUGCACACAGCAACGUACAGCUCACUGACGCCGCUCUUGUGUGCAAAGCCCACAGCCAUGCUCAUUCUAAAAGAUUACGCAGUCAUAGCCUGGAAGAACAAAAUCCUACUUCUACACCUCCCAGAGGCUGUUCUGCUCAAGACGUACAUCGUUUCAAAUGAAGUACUCAAUGUGCACUAUUCUGGGGGAUACAUUAUAAUCUUUACUAUGGAGGGGAAGAUAUGGCGGUUAAACCUUCUCGAUGACAAGUCACUUGAAAACUAA